AAAUGAAGGACAUAUACCAUGGUUUUCAGCUAUUAGUUCUCUCUCUCUCUCUCUCUCUCUCUCUAUUUUUCCUUUUUUUUUUCUCCUUGGACCUCAUCCCUCACCUCAGCUAAUUUUGCAGUCAUUUCUUCCCUCCCUUUCUUUUUCCUUCUCUUCAUCACCCCCUUCUGUCCACUUCCUAAGGUGUGAGAGCCAUGCUGAAAGGAUGAAAGUCUGGCUUUGUAUCAGUCCUGAACAGCCUCCAGGAGCCUUGGGCACAGUGUUCCCUUGGUUAAUCACCUAGCCCUUACCCUUCAUGGGACCCUGAGAGGUCUAGCAGUGUGACAUCUUUGGUUGUAGAAAACCCCAGAAGCAGUGAACUAUGAAGCCAUCUGGAGGACGACCGCAGCCUUAUCUUUGCUUAUGUUGUGGCAAAGCAUUUGCAAAAAACAGUGAUCUAAAGAGACAUACAAUGAUUCACACUGGGGAGAGACCUUUUGUCUGUGAAACUUGUGGUCUUGGUUUUAUUGAGAAUGCAAAGCUUAUUGUUCAUAUGCGACAUCAUACAGGUGAAAGGCCGUUUGAGUGUAAAGAAUGUGGCAAAAGCUUCAUUAAAAAGAGUGAUUUAAAGAACCAUAGUAAAACCCAUUCUGGGGAGAGAAAUUUCAUAUGUGGAGAAUGUGGAAAAGGUUUCCUCAAGAACAGUGAUCUGAAAAGACAUACACGCUUGCAUACAGGAUAUAAACCUUUUGUAUGUAUUGUGUGUAACUUGAGUUUUUCAGAGAGUGGGAAGUUAAGGAAACAUUUAAUGGUCCACACUGGAGAAAAGCCAGUUGAGUGUGAGGACUGUGGUAAAAGAUUUACACAAAACUCUGAUCUUCGAAGACAUAUGAGAGUGCAUACAGGAGAGAGACCAUAUCAUUGCUUACUUUGUAAUCAAAAUUUUAGUCAGAGUCAUACAUACAAGGAGCAUAUGAAGCAGCAUGUGGCUGUGGAGAUGACUGAACCAGAACAAGAAGAUGGGUUUGAUGAUUCUAACCAGAUUAUGCCCUCAGUGAACUUGAUACUAAGCCAGGUAAAUGAUGCAUUACAAAGUCAUGGCGAUAAUGCAUUGCAGGGGCAUGAGGCUGCCUUACUGCAGGCAGAGGGCAAAGCUGGUACAUCUGAUUGUUCUAUGGAUAAAGAUAAUGAUGGUGGUGGAGCAAUUGUACUAAACCCUAAGACAGAAUUAGCUGAGGAAGAAAUGCUGAGCUAUCUAGGAGAAGCAGGUCUUGGGGAUGUGACAGCUGCUGCAACCUCAGGUGUGCCAGUUUAUGUUAAACAAGAAGGGGUGUAAUGAAGACAGGUUAGAAUGUAUUAUUUACAAGUGUAAAUUGUGUGAUAAAUAAACACCUUUACUUUAAUUCAAUCUACUUGAGAAAAAUACUUGUUAUUGAUAUGCACUGUAUGUUCGUGUACCUGUUAUGAGCAGUAAAUCUUCUUUGAAGUAU